GGGGGACGACAGGGCAGCGAUGGCCCGAGAGUUGAGCCAGGAGGCACUCCUGGACUUUCUGUGCCAGGCCGGAGGCCGAGUGACCAACGCCGCCUUGCUGAGCCACUUCAAGAGCUUCCUCCGAGACCCCGACGCGCCCCCCAGCCAGCACCAGCGCCGCCGCGAGCUUUUCAAGGGCUUCGUCAACUCGGUCGCCGCAGUGCGCCAGGACCCCGACGGCACCAAGUACGUGGUGCUCAAGAGGAGGUACAGGGACCUUUUGGGGGAGGAGGGGCUGCAGCGACCCAGCGACCCGCCCGCGGCCGCCGCCCCUGCAGGGGGAGCUGCGUCCAGCGCCCCGCGAAGCGUGCGCGGGG